AUGUGUGCCGGUGAGGGUAUCUUACCCCUGGGACCCCUGAGCGGAGCUGUGGCAGGCACAGUGAAGUUCACCACCACCCUCAUACCUCCUGAGAGUCCAUUCCUCUCAGUCAGCUGGAGAUUCAACGGGAGUAACAUCAUCACCUCCACCAGCAUCAACGUCACCGGGCCCGGAUAUGACAGCAGAAUCUCACUAGACCGAGCCACAGGGGCCCUGGAGCUCAGGAACCUGGUGCUGGAGGACAGUGGGGAGUACACUGUCACUGUCAUAGCAGACAGAGGGCUGCAGCAACAGGGGAAAAUCACACUGAAUGUGUACGUGCUGAUAACUGGAGCCACCAUCCGCAGCCCCGCAGCCAUCUUAAUAGAAGAUAAAAGCUCCACAAACCUCAGCUGCGAGGCCUCCGGCUCCAUCAGCACCAUUCUGUGGAUAAAGGACGGCCUGUCUCUCCAUUCAGGAGGCAGAGUCAGCUUCUCCAUGGACAACAGGACAGUGUUCAUACAACCUGUUCACAGCUCCAACCAUGGCACCUACCAGUGUCAAGUCAGCAACCCAGUCAGCACCAUGACUGUGGCCUAUAAUCUCUCCAUCAACUCAGCAGCAGCACCUGGCCAGAGAGUGACACUGCAGUGCACAGCAGCCUCUGUCCCACCAGCAAACUUCAGCUGGAUGUUCAACAGCAAUGAGAAGCGUGUUAAUAACUCCAUGUACAUUAUAGAGAGGUUUGGGGCAGAAAACACAGGGAAUUACACCUGCACUGCCAGAAAUAUGGUGACCAUGCUGGAAAACACCACAGUUCUAAAUCUGAGAGAUUCUUCCUUGAAAAAGGACCCAGAUUAA